AUGAACACUUGUCGAAUAGUUCUCCAACGCAGGUUCCUUCCCGUGAGCAACUCCAAGAAGGAAAAAUUUGACAGAUUCAUACCGAACAGAGCAGCCAUGGAUUUCGACUAUGCUCACUUGGCUCUUAUGGAAGAAAGAGAAGAAGAAGAAGAGGUCAGUUCAUCCAGAAAAGCUUAUAGAAAGCAAUUGGCUGAGACUAUGGGUCUUAACCGAACUCGAAUCCUCGCAUUCACCAACAAACCACCUUCUUCUACUUCUCUUCACCAUCAGCAUCAGCAUCAGCAUGAGCCUCCUCGACGCAUUCCUCAGCGUCCCGAGAGAACUUUGGAUGCUCCUGGCCUUGUGGAUGACUUCUAUCUCAACGUUCUCGACUGGAGCAGUGCUAAUGUCCUAGCCGUUGCCUUGGCCAACUCUGUUUGUCUCUGGGAUGCUUCCACUGGCUCCGUGACUACGCUUGUCACGUAUGGUGAAGACCAAGGACCUGUCACAAGUCUAAACUGGGCGCAUGAUGGUAUCAACCUUGGAGUUGGGCUCAACAAUGGUCAAGUUCACAUUUGGGACUGUGUAACCAAGACUCUACUGAGAACAUUGCAAGGCUUCCACCACACACGAGUUGGGUCCUUGGCCUGGAACACUCAUAUAUUGACAACCGGAGGAAUGGACGGACGUAUCUUCAACAACGAUGUGCGGUUCAUGUCAUACCCUGUGUCUACUUACAAGGGUCACACUCAAGAGGUCUGUGGGCUCAAGUGGUCAGCAUCUGGUCAGCAACUAGCUAGCGGCGGAAACGACCGUCUAGUACAUAUAUGGGAUCGUUCUACUAGUACGCAGUGGCUGCACAGGCUCAGGGGGCAUACAUCUGCAGUUAAGGCUCUCGCUUGGUGUCCUUUCCAAAGCGAUUUGCUUGCAUCUGGCGGUGGUGCAGAAGAUAGGAAGAUCAAGUUCUGGAACACUCGCACAGGGGCUUGCUUGAAUUCGCUUGACACUGCUUCCCAAGUCUCUUCUCUCUUGUGGAGCAACAAUCAAAGAGAGCUGCUUUGCUCACAUGGGUCUCAGCUCACACUGUGGAAGUACCCGUCGAUGGUGAAAAUGGCUGAGCUCUCUGGUCAUACGUCAAGAGUUCUAUCUAUGACCCAGAGUCCAGAUGGUUGUACUGUAGUUUCAGCUGCAGGAGACGAGAAUCUGUGCUUUUGGAAUGUUUUUGGACUACCUCACACCACCGCCAAAAAAACUGUUCCAAAAGCAGCUCAUGAGCCGUUUUCUCAUGUCGCUCGUAUUCGUUGAAAACUCAACUACCAGAGGUUGACAAUGAAAAGAUAGAGUGCGAGGCUUCUGCAUAUCAGAAGAAACUUUUAAUGAAGAGGGUUGAGGAUUCGCUUGGAAACAUGAAGGUGCUGUUUUGUGCUCUGCGUAUUGUGUAUUCAGUUGUUUCUUAGUUAGUUUUCUUUUUACAGUCGCGUGCAGUGCACAACUCAGUGAUGGAGCUUCGGAAUAUAUAUCACAAUCAUCCAUAUCUCAGCCAACUUCAUACAGACGAGGUAAUAGAAAUUUACAUAAAUGCAAACAACUUCUGGUUAGGGAACUAAGGAAAGUUUUGAUGAAGGGUCAAUAGCUUAAUUCCUGAGCACCGGUAAUAAGACUGUGUGGGAAGCUUGAGAUGUUGGACCGGCUCUUACCCAUUAUCUUCCUGAGCAUUAUGCUGCGCCAGUGUUGCCUUAAAUGAUAUUAUAUCCCCAAGGAUAAUCAUUGCUUGUAGAAUAUUACCUGUGCAUAUAUAUAUAUAUAUUGGCUUAAUUUGGUUUCUCACUAUGGUUACAGGGGUCAAGGUCAAAAAUUUCUGCACCUAUCCCCGCUCGUCUGGUUUGUUGAGUCUUUUUUUGAACAGUCAAUUGCACCUUUGCUUAUUACUUAAAACUGGCAAAAUUGCAACUGACAGAGGAUGAGUUUGAAAAGAUUUGUCAGACCGAUUCUCCCAAAGGCAAGGAAGAAGGACUGAGCCAAAUGCUGCAUCAAAUAUUCUGCGUGCUGAAAAGAGUUUGGCAACUGGUAAAAUUAGAUAACCUGCCUGGAAGCACUAGACAAUCCGUGGAACCUCUACGGAAAUCACAGCAGCCACUACAGAACCUGUAAAACGGGGACGUGGCAGGCCACAAGCAACAGGGGAUGCGAUGCUAGAUCAUCAUCAGUUAUUGGUUCCGAUGUUGUCUUACUUCCCCAGAUUUAUCUGUUCCAAUUGAGGUUAAGGUUGGUGAAUCGUCAGGAUCCAAAAUUACAUCGGUUUGGAAAUAAAAUGCGUCAUAGUCAAUACAGAAGAGAAGAGUAGAUGAUGAUGAUCCAUGAGGCCAAAGCAAAAUGGGGAAUAAGAAGAGAAUAAAGAUAUAAUAAGCUCUCUAAUGAUGGUUUUGAUUGGAACUGAAACGGAUCAUGUACAUAGCAGCAGUCUUGAGAGCUAUGAGAUUAGGUUGAAACAUUAUGUUUUGAAAUAUUACGAACUCUUUGUCUUGUAAUUUUUCCUGAUUUGUUUCAAAAAUAAAGACAGUUUUCCU